AUGAAGAUCAACCAGCCGCGGUUAACCUUGCUCGGCCGUUCGCUGUUCUUGGUCGUCGGCGAGCUCCUCGCGAACGCGAUCUGCUGGAUCGCAGCAGGAUUGAUAUUUGGACGCAGUUCGAAGACACAGCCCUCUCUGAGUCUUGCUUUGCUUGCUUGGACCGUCGGCCUCAGACACGGCAAGCAAUUCGCGAUAUCAUGGGACAUGUUCUCUUCGGCUCAUCCUUGGCAUGCAGCUCUGGAUGCUGAUCAUAUAAGCGCCAUAGACAAUGCAACGCGGGGCCUCAUCGCUCUUGGGAAAUUGCCGGUGACGUGUGGCCUAUGGUUCUCGUUAGGACAUUCUACUAUUGUGAUAGUAGUGAACGUAGCCAUUGCCGUGGGAACCGACUUCAGUAGCUUCAAUCACCUCAGUAGCGUUGGAGGCAUCCUAGGUGCGGCCGUGAGCGGCUCCUUCCUGUUUCUGGUCGGACUGGCGAAUUCGAUCAUUCUAUGGAAGAUCCUGAAGAAACGGAGAAAGUUCAAGAAGACCGGGGAGGCGCUCGAGGAGGGAAGCCAUAAUACGAUCAUGCUCAAGAUCCUGGGGCCUGUUAUCAAGUUUGUGAACGCGCCUUGGAAGAUGUAUAUUGUCGGGAUCCUCUUUGGUUUUGGCUUCGAUACUGCUUCGUCCAUAGCCUUGUUGUCCAUCUCCGUCAUCGCGAAGGACAAAUCUUCCGAUGCGCGUACUCCAAGCAUGGGCGUGACAACUUUGCAGCUCCUGUUCACCGCGGGAAUGUCUUUAAUCGAUUCUCUGGACUCGAUCUUGAUGUUGUAUUCCUACACCGGGUUCCCUGAGCGAUCUUGGACCAUUUUCGCUCGAGAUCGUUCACAAAGCCAAAUGAACGGAGAUCUGGAAUCGAAGAUGAUGCACGUGCGCCAAAUAGAUGAACGAGUCGUACCCGAAGAAGCAACGUUGCCUAGCCCGGAGCGCGAUCAAGCCCCGCCCUCUAUACGGGAAGAAGGGCGCGAGCUCCCGCUAGAGGACUACAAAUCGGAAGUAAAGGAUAUUCCAGGCGACGAAGGCGAAAACAUGGUCCAAAGGCGGAACACCGUGAUCCAGCAAACAACCAUGUCAAAUCUGUCCUUGAUCUUGACGCUGAUGAGCAUCAUUGUUGCGUUUAGUGUUUCAAUCAUCACCAUAAUGGCGUUGAUAGGAGAGAACUGCCGUUCCUGCCGCAAAGCUGCUCACGAUCCCCACAGCGGGGACUUGGCUGGCCGGUGGUGGAGGACAUGGGCGAAGGCCGACGAUAAUUCGGGAUACAUAGGCGCUGCAAUCGUCGGCAUGUUCGUAACCACCGUUUUCGUGUGGUAUGGCUCGCGUUAUGCUACCCGGUGCUGGAGUCGGCGGAGGGUCGCAACAGACACGCGCUGA